GGGCGGAAGUGGGCGGGGCGCGGAGGGCGGCUAUAUAAAGGGCGGCGGCGGGGGGCACCGCCAUACGCGCGCCAUGGCAGAGGAGCUGUCACUGUCCCUGCUGGUGCGCAGCCCCGCGCGGCGUCACCCCGACCUGCGGCUCCGCGCCGCGCCCGCCUGGAGCGUGCGGCGCCUGAAGGCCGAGCUGCGCCGCCGUGACCCCGGGGCGCCGGCUGAGGAGGACCAGAAGCUGAUCUACUGCGGGAAGCUGCUGCUGGACCAUCAGCUCCUGCGCGAGUUCCUGCCCGCGCAGGAGGAGCUGCACGCUCUGCACCUGGUCUACAACCUGAGGGCUCCCACAGAUGUGCCAGAGAGCAGCACAGAGGUUAAGGCUGCUCAGUCAACGCUGGUGACAGAAGCUAGGCAAGAACCAGCUGCUCCUUCCUCAGAUGGUGGAAGGCUGAGAUGCUCUCCUGGUGGUCAGGCAGCAGCAGGAGUCAGUGCCAGGCCCGAAACACCUCAGCAUGCUUUCCAAGCUGUGCCUCCAGGGUUUUCUGUGUACACAACCUACAGCAUGCUUCAGAUGUCCUGGCUUCAACAGAUCUAUGCAAGGCAAUACUACAUGCAAUACUUGGCUUCUACUGCUGCAUCUGCUGACCCAUCCUCCACACGGCGUUCUCAGGAGAUCCCAGUGACACCCCCAGCUCCUCUCCCAGACCCAUUUCCUGCACACAACCAACCUGGGGGCCGGAAUGGUGCUCCACAAGCUAACGAGGUGGCCAACCAGAACUUAAGGAUGAACGCCCAGGGGGGUCCUCUCAUGGGGGAAGAGGAGGAGGGUGGCAAUCGAGACUGGCUGGACUGGCUCUACUCUGCAACGCUGUUCUAUGUUUUUGUCAACAUCGUCUACUUCUACUCCAGUGUCAGCAGAUUCCUCCUGGUUAUGGGUGGCACUGUUCUGAUGUAUCUGCACCAUGUUGGAUGGUUCCCCUUUAGACAACGACGAGCUCAGCCUUUCCCAGAUAACAUUCCUCCUCAAGCUGCUGUAAACCAGGACCAGAACAAUAACUUACAGCAGGGAGGGAAUGCAGGCAGAGCAGAGGAACCUGAGGCCCCUCCUGAUGCGGGACAAGUUCUGCCAGAGCUGCCACAGACCAACCCAUCCCUUAUGAGCACAGCGUGGCUGUUUUUCAAGACUUUCUUUGCAUCCCUCCUUCCAGAAGGUCCAAGGCUGACCCGCAACUGAUGUGGCACCAUUUGCUUUUGUGGACCAUCAGUGAGCAGAUCAGAUGCCAAUCCCAAAACAGGAGUGAAAAUGUGUUGGCAUUUGUCUGGCCUUCGCUGAUGAAGAUGCAAGAGGCCUUAAGUUGUUGCAAUACAGGCACAAGAUGAUUGCCCUCAUUCCAAAGAACUUUCUUCCAUAGCAUUUAUUGGGUACCUAUGUAGAGGCUUGGCAUUGUAAACUUGUGCACUAAAUGCACAGGCUCUGAGCACAUGUGCAAAGAUGUUAGAGAAGCAAAUUGCUUCUUCUGUGUAAUGCGAUUCCUGUUGGAAUGUUUCAAAUGCUAUUUAAAUUACACUGAGUGUAAUAUCUUAAAUUGCUAGAUAAGCAUUAGCAGGUUUUUAGGAAAGAUCUAUUGUUAAAUUGCUUCAACAAUAUUUUAAAUUUUGCUUUGUAAAUAUUUUCCUAUGAAAAAUGUGUUGUGCCAUUUCCUUGGCAAAAGGAGCAGCUGUGGGGCAGUGACCUCAGUGGAGCUGCAGGUUUCAAACUGCCCAGCAAGCCCUUCGUACUCAAGGCUGAUUUCUUUGCUCUCAAAUAAUGGGAGGAGAGUGCAUUCAACUUUAAUCAAGAAUUUAUGUAGGACUUAAAUUUACUGCUUUCAGUUAUAAAAUCAAAACAGACUGAGACCUGUAUUUAAUGUAGAUGCAUUUUCAUUCUAGAGCAACUCUGUUGUAUUUGUUUCCUUUAAUGUGGUUAAGGGCUUUGAUUCAAUAAAAUUUGCAGUCACUUAUC